AUGUAUGUCGAAGAUCACAAUAAAAACGGAGAAGAAAUCGAUAUGGUGCUUGAGGAGCACCAUAGAAUGUUUUCGGAGAGGCCACGCGAAGAAUGGACAAACAAAUUGGAAUAUCUUCUGAGUCUUGUUGGUUAUACGGUCGGUCUUGGAAGUGUUUGGAGGUUUCCGUAUCUCUGUAUCAAGAAUGGAGGAGGAGCUUUCCUCAUACCGUUCAUCAUAUUUACACUGUUGUGUGGAUUUCCUCUGUUUUACCUGGAGCUGGCUUUGGGCCAAUUUUCUGGAAAGAGUGCCCUGACAACAUGGUCGAUAUGUCCACUGUUUGAUGGGAUUGGAUAUUCAAUGAUAAUUGCCAGCGGCAUUGGGGCGUGGUACUACUGUCAGGUGGUAGGGUGGGUGCUCCUCUAUCUCGGCUAUGCCUUCUUUCCGACCCAGCCCUGGUCGACAUGCAGCAAUGACUGGAACACUGACCAUUGUGUAGUCCUGAGAACCGGAAAUGAACAAGUCAAUUACUCAGACGUGAACUAUUCUAACUUCACGAAGGCGUCUACACAGAACGAUGUGUUCUCAACUGCGGCGACAGAAUUUUGGAAGUACAAACUGCUGAACGUCUCCUCAGGAAUUGAUGUCCUUGGUUCACCACAGUUACAACUAGCUAUUGCGCUCUUUGCUGCCAAACUCGCAAUAUUCCUGUGCCUUGUGAAAGGAGUGAAAUCAGUCGGAAAGGUUGUGUACGUGACCGUGAUCGCCCCUUUCGCAUUACUGCUUGUUUUGCUGGUUCGAAGUUUGUGGCUGGAUGGAUCUUUCGAUGGUGUUAUGCUGUACCUUACUCCAGACUUCUCCAGACUAGCUCAUUACCAGGUUUGGCUGGAAGCUGCACUACAAGUGUUUUAUUCACUUGGUCCGAUUUUCGGAGGGGUGAUCACAAUGUCUAGUUAUCAAAAGUUCCACGGAAACAUCCUUAGAGAUACUGCGGUCGUGGUAGCUGCGGACCUGUUUAGUAACUUCCUAUGUGGACUGGUAAUAUUCUCAAUAUUGGGAUUUCUGGCUCACGAGGCUGGCUUAUCUGUUGAUGAAGUGGCAGAAUCAGGUCCUGGAUUGGUAUUCAUAGUGUACCCAGAAGUUCUCCAACGCCUUCCACUUCCACAUCUGUGGGCUGUCAUUUUCUUCUUCAUGCUGUUCACAGUCGGCAUAGAUACUCAGAUUGCCUUCAUAACGGCUGUAGUUCGUUUUGGGGGUCCGGAGUAUAAGGGGUAUAAGUAUCCGGAUUAUACAUGGAUCAUUGGUAUAUGUCUGGCCAUCCUCCCUGUACUGCCAAUACCGCUCGUGGCUUCGAAGAGGAUUUACGACAGUCAUGGUUCGUUAAAGCAGAGACUCCAAAAACUAAUCAUUCCAUCUCCGCACUGGGGUCCACAUGGUCAGUGUGUGAGAUACGAAGUUUACAAUUACCGUGGAAACUUCUGGCAGAACGUCUGGACAAAUCUGAAAGGACCUCGCUGA